AACUUAGAAACCCUAGAACUUAUCUAAAUAAUAUUCCCUUCUCCUUUCUCAUUCUCGGUCUCCCUUUGCUUCGGCGGCGACGUCGCACCCUGACCUGCUUACUCCGCCACCUCCCUAACGCCCCCUGAACUCCACACAAUCGCCGCCUCAUUCUGCUCGACUCCUGCGCUCUUCUGUCCAACAAUUAAAACGCAUUUUCAACUAAGGAAAUAUGGCAAUGAAGAAGAAUCCCAUUGUUUUUCUUGAGAUUUCGGUGGAUGGAAAGCCUCCUGACAGAAUGGAUAUAGAGCUUUUUGCUGAUGUAGUUCCAAAAACUGCUGAGAAUUUUCGAGCACUUUGUACUGGUGAAAAAGGCAUUGGAGCUUCUACAAAAGUACCAUUGUGUUACAAGGGUUCAACCUUCCAUCGAAUUGUGAAAGGAUUUGUUGCUCAAGGUGGUGAUUUAUCAAGACAAGAUGGUAUUUCUUUGUUAUGUCCAGGCUUCUGCCAGCUACGGUUGUUGUCACCCCGCUGCUGGCUUUCUUUUGCUUCUUUCAUGGAGUCGGCAGGCGUCGAAGGUGUAGUCGAACGCUCUGGCUCGUGGCGGCGGCUUUUGUGCUUGCGGGCUAAUCUCAUCGGAGGUCCACGCCACGGUCGGCCAGGAGGCGCCACAUCCGUGUCACAAGUCGCCUCGACUCUCGAGCGAGAUCAAAUUUGA